AUGGAAAGUUGUAAUCCGGCUUCGACGCCAAUGGAACCAGGAACAAAGUUGUCGAAAUUUGAUGGAGGAGAACGUGUCGAAGCAGGCAAAUAUCGAAGUUUGGUAGGAAGUCUUCGCUAUCUCACAUGCACAAGACCAGAUAUCUCAUUAAGUAUAGGCAUUGUAAGUCGAUUCAUGGAGGAGCCAGUUUACACACAUUGGAAAGCAUUGAAGCGAAUUCUGAUGUACAUCCAAGGAACAGUGUCACUUGGGAUGUUCUACUCGAAUUCAGACAAAUACAAGUUGGUUGGUUACUCUGACAGUGACUGGUGCGGAGACAUAAACGAUCGGAAAAGCACUUCUGGAUAUGUGUUCUUCAUGGGAAAUACUGUAUUCACUUGGCUUUCUAAAAAACAGCCAAUAGUAACACUUUCGACAUGUGAAGCAGAAUAUGUAGCAGCAUCCUGA